UUCAAAUUCCUCGGCUAGUGUGUCUUCGCGCCUACGGGUGUAGCUUGGUUGAAUUAUCACUGGCGAUGGAGAAUUGCGUGAGAGGUCGAGCGGGAGGAAGGGUAGGGGAGGCGGGGGGCUCGCUGCCCCUGCCCCCGCCGCCGCGCAUGGCGGCCGCGAAUCACUCAGCCGCGGCGGCGACGGCGUCCAUCCGGGCGCACCUGGCGCGGACCGCUAGCGGGGUGGACGCCCAGCCAUCGCCGCGGUCGCUCCUGUCGCGAAUCCUUCUGCGCGGCGGCGGCGGCGGUGACGCCGGGGGCAGCGGAGGAGGGUUCGGGUGCCGGGUGCGGCUGCCGCGGCGGCACGGCGGCGGCCUGAGGGAGGAGCGGAAGGAAGGCUCCGAGCAGGGGGAGACUCCCCGUGUCAAGGUCGUCGAGCCGCCGCCGCCGCCACCGGAGAUGCCCCUCGAGACGCCACGGAGUUCAUUAGGGAGGAAGAAGCCUGAGGAGGAGCUGGUGUCCAUGAACCUGGGCCUGGGCGCGAGCCUGGUGCUGCUGCUGUCCAAGAGCGCCGUGGAGCUGAACAAGAUGGUGGAGCUGCGCGCGCAGAUGGAGGCGCUGGUGUCGGAGAUCAGGCAGGCGGCGCGGUGGAAGGAGGACACGAGCGGCCCCGCCGUCUCGCAGGAGUCCAACGGCAGCAGCAGCGCCACCACCACCGCCGUGAAGGACCCGAUCGCCUUUCCCGCGGCGGCCGAGGCCGACGCGGCGUCCAACUGCUCCCGCACGACUGCCGGCGAUAACGCGACCGCCGUCGUCAUGGACCAGCUGGAGGCGGAGCUCCAGGCCGAGCUGGGCCGCAUGCAGCGCGUCGCCGGCGGCGGCACGGACCGCGCAGCGCACGGCGGCGACAAGCGGAUCGCGCCGAUGCAUGGGCUCGAGCUGCCAAUGUUGAAGGUGAAGACGAAGGCCAGCAACGCCAUCGGUGGCUCGUCAAGGAUCCGCGUCGAAGACGGCAGCGCCGCGAAGGACGACGGCGAAGUAGUAGACGGCAAUGCUGACGACGAGGAGGAGGACGAGGAGGCCGACGAGUACGAGGAAGCCGACGAGGAGGAAGAUGAAGAGGAGGAGGAUGAGGGGUACGACGAGGACGGGACGAGCCCCCCGCACGGCGGCGUGUCGGCGCGCGCGCUGGAGCGGCGGCUGCACGAGCUCUUGCAGAAGCGGCAGCAGGAGCGGAUCGUGGAGCUGGAGUCGGCGCUGGACGCCGCCCAGCGUCGGCUCCACGAGAAGGAGCGCGAGGUCGUCUGGUGGCGCGACGCCGCCAAGCUCGUCUCCCACCGCCGCGACGACUCCCGCCGCUUCGUCCGGUAGGACUUUCCGCGCGGGAACGUGGCGCGAAACGCUUUCCCGCGCGCGCCAAGGUCUCGGCUUGGUCGCACGUGCCCAGCUGCCUCCUGCUGCUGCGGGAGAGUUAGGGGGCGGUGUCAGGAUGGUUGGGGUCUCGUCACGCUGCGCGGGUGACGCGGUGUAACUGCGGCGAGCUGGGGCGACGCGGCUCUGCUCUGCACACCCGCAGCAAUGGCAGCGUCCUGACGCCUGCCGCCUUCUUCUGUGCGUGCACUGGCUCUGGAACCGGAAGUUUCGGUGCGUGCGCGCAGCAGCAGGGGGGAGUGUGGUGUGGUGUACUGACGUGUCGUGCUGGUGUCCGGUUCAGAUGAGAUGUUUUGUGAAAUCCGAGCAGAGGUUGUACUUUGGUCCGUGCCUAUGCUGGAAGGCCAUUUCGGUGUCGAUCGCUCCUGUACCAAAAAUAAAUGCUGAUCAUUGUGAUUUCGUGUC